CACACACACACACAAGGCUUUUCUGCUUUAACAUGACCAGGGCCACGAUCAAAACAAGCCAUGCAUUUCCAUGCAAAACGUGCUUCCGACCCGCUCACGUUUUGCACCCGUCUACACGGCUGCUCUCGGUGAAAGCAAGCGAAGGCGCCUUGAUUUUUCUACCGGCAAUGAACUAAUUAUUUACAUUUCUUCAUUUUAAAAGAAAGAGAGAUAGAUAGAAAGCACAGCGCUGAUCCGAGAGUAGAAAUGAAAGCCGAAUCCAGGCCUAACACUGUUCCUUCUGCCGCUUUCUGCAGCUCCGGCUUUCACAAAUCGCCCAAAAGUGACUCCUCGCCUGCUCUUGUGAACGGAGACCGGAUGGUUUUAUCUUGACCGAGCCGUAAAUGGACGAAGCCAUGCCAACAUGAAUCAGUCGUAUAAACUGGGCGCCAAAGAUGGCUCGGAACGUCGCCCGGGCCCGCACUGUCCGCAGGUCGCGUCCUGUGGGCUCCAGCAUGGCGCCAAGCAGGCGUCCUCGUUCGGGUACGGCCAAAGGGAAUCGACGUCCAACUACAGUCCGCUGAGGAGGCUCCAGGACCUGACGGCUAUGGUAAGCAGGCCGGAGAUGAGUCUACAGGACAAGGAUUUCCACGGGCGAGCUAAAGCGCACGUCCACGCAUCGGAGUUCGGCCUCGGCAUCGUCCACUCGCCGCAGUCCUUCAGUCGUGACGCUGAUGACAACGUGUUUAGAAACGUCCAGAAUCUGGAUAAGAAUGGCUUUUCUCCCGUUAGCUCGGACAGCCUGGAGCACAUAUCUCCGAUCCCAAACGGAUUCCUGCAUUUCGAAUCGAGCCUCUUCGACAGCGGGGACAGCAAGGACGACCACGACGAAGAGGAGCACGUGGUGGCGUAUAAACCUUCAGCCAAAAAAUGCCAGAAAAGGGACUCCAAGAGCUUCUCUGGUGCAGGCCUAAACUUAAGCUUGAACAGACACGAACGUUUUGACCCAGUUUCGAAAAGUACUCCACAGCCAGCACCGGAACCUCCUCCUACUCCACCUCCACUACGUGUUGAAGACAUGAUAAGGGAUUUUGACAGUUCGGAUGGCUACUCGGACAGCGACUGUGACCUUCCGAGCACCGAAAACUGCGCUUCGAUGUUCAACGUAGGCCUUUCUCAGAGGCCAAGCUCACCUAGCAGCACCUACACAGAUCCUUCUGACAGCCCAAAGAAGAAGCCUCUUCCAGAAGUGAAGUUUACCGUAGGCGAUGUGGUGUGGGCCAAAUUUAACCGCAGGCCUUGGUGGCCCUGUCGCGUCUCCAUCGACCAUUCAAGAAACAGCCACACCAAGAUGAAAGAGCCCAGCAGCAGGCCAUGCCGAAUGUAUUUUGUCAGGACGUUUGGGGAGAUCGUGGACCAAGCCUGGGUGUCUGCGAAAGCUACGUGUGCUUUUGAAGGAGGACAGCAGUUUGAGAAACUUCCAGUGCUGAGGCGACGAGGCAGAGAUAAAAUCUUGGUUUCAAAACGCUUGAUGCCUCUGUGGAAAGCCAGUGUGCUGGAGGCAGAGGCAGCUCUACCAGAGUAUCUCAGGAGUAAACUACAACUUCCCUCAGUCAGAGAGAUACACUCUCCUGUUAUGGAUGAGAGGACAUCCGUUUCUCCGACCUUCCCAGACUUUCACUCAUCCUCACCGAGUCCAGUUUUCUCAAACGGACACGAUCAUCCCAUUGUCGCUUCACCCAAAAUUAAGGAGGGAAGCAAAAAGAAAUUAUCCGCUAAAAGGAAAAACAGCUCGCUGCACAAAAGCCCGGUUAAAAACAAAGACGAAUUGUUCUCCAAAUUGACGUCAAGCCCCAAGCCGGACAUCUCGAAACCUCCUGCUGCUCUUGCAAACAAUCUGGCGUCCGACUCCAGGGACUGCCCUUACUUGGACAUUGAUUCGGUUCCCAGGAUACUGUGCCCCAAACGCCCGGAAGAGCAGCUUAAAGAGGUGUCAGAUAAAGAACUGUGCAUUGAACCGAAGGCAGAACGGACAAGCAGAAAAGCAAAAAAAGUCCGCAAGGUGGCAAAAGAAACCGCGGCUUUGACAAAACCCAAGUCAUCUACAAUCAGAAACAAAAAGGACACCACUUCGAACGGCAGCAGCUUGAGUCGCACUUCUUCCGGAUCAACAGACGGCACAUUUGAGAUGCAUUCUUUCUACUUCCCGGCGAGUUGCGGCCUUAUCUCCAGAGCCCUCGCAAACUACGAGCUAUCCGAAAAGAAGAACGAGCUUGAUUCUAGCCAUGAAUCCCGAUCAUCAUCUCCAGCUCUCUCUGAUGAGCACGAUUCAUUUUCCCCAGUCAUGGACAUACCAGAAACCACAGAGCACCAAUGGCAAGUAAAAACAGACCCCGUAGCCAAUCCGACACAUCCGAAAUCUCAGCACUGUGGAGGCUCCCCAAACCCAACUUUGCUCAAGUUAACAAGAAUCCGGUCCAACAAGGAACCCUCUUUAAACGGCUCUCAUCGAAAAAGGAAGGAUUCUACCACCAGACCUGCGGAAUUGCCAGUCGCAGGUUUAAAAAUCAAGAAAGAAUCAAGCAGUUCCUCAUCCUCCUCCUCCAUUUCAUCCCCAUCACCUUUACCCUUCGAGGCUUUCCGGGAGCCUAAAGACUUUUCUUUGCAUUCUCUGGUAAAAGACGAGUGCGGUUCAGAUGACAAGUACAAAUUCACCACCUACCUUAUGUUGCUGAAGGACUUGCAUGAGACCCGGGAGAAGGAAGGAAGGCCCCUGACGCUCCCGCCGACAUCCCCGUCUUCCCUUAUCAAGGAAGAACCCUCUCUCCUCCCUGCACAGCCCCAGCCUGAACGUACAACUCCCGACAUGGUUCAAAAGAAAGAUAGUCAGACUCCUAGGGUUCCAAACGGGCCCCAGGGGAAAACCCCAAGCAGCCUGAAGCCAAACAAAUUGAAACCUAAAUCCACAGGCAAAAAAGAACCUCAAAAACAUGACGGGGUGAACAACUUGCUCCCUCCGGUUACAGAGCUCAAGAAACAAGAUGAUGUGAGAGCGACUCCAACCGAGAAGCUGCCAAAGUACCGGACAGGUUCUGUCCUUGCUGGCAGUGGGAAGGGCAUGAUGUCAGCAGUGGCGCCAAAGAAGCGCUGGCAGACGUUUGAUGCCGAGCAGGAGGACAGGGCAAAGCCAAAAAGAGAUCAGAGCAGCUUGCUUGAGCAAGACAGGGUCAUGCCUCCUACCAGACUCAACGGAGUAUUUGAAGAGAGCCACGAAAGCCCCCAGGUCAACGCUAAGGACAGGAGGGAUAGCUCUGAGAGCAAAAGACUUCGAAAGCCAAGCAAGAGGCUGAUCGAGUGGAGCGAGGACUACGAGCAGAUCUCCACUACAAAGAAGAAAACGAGGAAAACCCCCGAGUCCUACAAAGCAGCGUCUUUGAUUAAUAACACUAAUGUUGGUGAGGAUACGCCGAGAACUUUGUUGGCUGACGUUUUGUGCUCAGUAGCAAGUCAGCCGUCCGAGUCUUGGAUACCAAAACUAUCACAGCCCGAACGUCAACUCGCUCUCGAUGAAACCGAUAACGCUUCUUCCCCACCAAAAUCAACGCCCCCUAAAGCUCCUACGGUCGAACUGGAAUUGGUUGAAAAGAAAACAGCAUCUUCAGAAAGGAAAAGGCCGCGGAAGACUAAAGUGAUGGACUUGACUUUCGAGGAUGCGAUUCUCAGGAUUCCAAAGAAGAAGGAGUCGAGGCUGAAAGGUCAAUGGAUACAACAAGUGGUGGUUGAAGAUGUUCAGAAAAACAAAGUGCCUGAAACCACUCUGUCCAGCCCUCCUUCCAAAGCAGGUAUAUCACCUGAACUGGGUGAUGCACAGGCAUCCUUAAAGCAACCCACAACACCCAGAGUCUUCCAGAGCCACAUUCAGGGAGAGAACAGCAGUCCGACUAAGCCCCAAACGGUCGAGAUGAAACCAUGUGACGACUCAGGACCUUUACACACAGAGGUGUUUGGUCCAGCACUGACUGAAGACAUGGUCCAGUCCAGAGACUCAUUAACUGCUGAAAUGGGUGUCUCAAACAGUAAAAAGGUAUCUGAGAAAGGUGGAGGCGCCUCACUGAAGGAAAACGUGUGCCAGGUGUGUGAGAAUACAGGCGAGUUGCUACUGUGUGAAGGACAGUGCUGUGGAGCUUUUCACCUCCAGUGUAUCGGCCUUAGCGAGACCCCGAAAGGACGCUUUAUCUGUCAGGAGUGCACUACAGGCGUGCACACGUGUUUCGUGUGUAAGAAACCAGGCAAGGACGUGCGACGCUGUAUGAUCCCGGUGUGUGGGAAGUUCUACCACAUGGAAUGUGUAAUGAAAUUCUCCCCCACGCUCCAACAGAACCGAGGCUUCCGCUGCUCUCUCCACGUCUGUCUGUCCUGCUACAUCACCAACCCCUUAAACCCCUCUAGCUCCAAGGGUCGCCUGACCCGCUGUGUGCGCUGUCCAGUGGCGUACCACGCAAACGACUACUGCAUGGCCGCCGGCAGUGUUCCGCUGGCCAACAACAGCUUUCUGUGUCCAAAUCAUUUCACUCCCCGCAAAGGCUGCAAGAACCACGAGCACAUCAACGUCAGCUGGUGCUUCGUCUGCUCUGAAGGGGGCAGUCUGCUGUGCUGCGAGUCCUGUCCUGCUGCCUUCCAUCGCGAGUGUCUGAACAUCGAGAUGCCCAAAGAGAGUUGGUACUGCAACGACUGUCGAGCAGGCAAGAAACCCCACUACAAGGACAUCCUGUGGGUAAAAGUCGGUCGCUACAGGUGGUGGCCAGCCGAGGUGACCCAACCCAAGAACGUACCCGAGAACAUCUCGCGCAUGAGGCACGAGGUAGGCGAGUUCCCUGUACACUUCUUUGGCUCCAAGGACUACGUGUGGACCUAUCAGGCUCGCUGUUUUCCCUAUAUGGAGGGCGACGCUCACAACAAGGAGAAAAUGGGCAAAGGCACAGAUGCUGUCUACAAGAAAGCUUUAAACGAGGCCGCCGAGCGAUUCCGGGAGCUCCAGGCGGAGAAAGAAAUGAGGCAGCUUCAGGAAGAUAGGAAGAAUGACAAGAAGCCCCCACCAUACAGACACAUUAAGGUGAACCGUCCAGUAGGUAAGGUGCAGAUCGUGACGGCGGACCUGUCGGAGCUCCCGCGUUGUAACUGCAAGGCCACGGACGAGAACCCAUGCGGAAUGGACUCGGAGUGCAUCAACCGCAUGCUAUUGUACGAGUGCCACCCGCAGGUGUGUGCUGCAGGAGAAAGGUGCCAAAACCAGUGCUUUACCAAACGCGAGUACACUCCAGUGGAGAUCUUCAGGACACUGUCGCGUGGCUGGGGGCUCCGUAGCAUCAACGACAUCAGAAAGGGUGCAUUCGUGAGCGAGUAUGUGGGCGAGGUGAUUGACGAGGAGGAGUGUCGUGCCAGGAUCAGACAUGCACAGGAGAACGACAUCUGCAACUUCUACAUGCUCACACUGGAUAAGGACCGAAUCAUUGAUGCAGGGCCGAAAGGAAACCAGGCUCGAUUCAUGAACCACUGCUGCCAGCCCAACUGCGAGACUCAAAAAUGGACAGUGAACGGGGACACGCGAGUCGGCCUCUUCGCCCUCGUGGACAUUCCUGAAGGUGUCGAGCUCACAUUCAACUAUAACCUGGAGUGUCUGGGAAACGGCAAGACAGUGUGUAAAUGCGGAGCACCGAACUGCAGCGGCUUCCUGGGGGUGCGACCAAAGAAUCAGCCUCCAUCAGAUGACAAGGCCCGGAAAGGAAAGAAGAAGAUGUCUGCGAAGAGGAAGAGCCAGCUGCAGGUUGUGAAAGAGCAUGAAGACGAAUGCUUCUACUGUGGAGAUGGAGGGCAAAUAAUUUCUUGUAAAAAGCCCGGCUGCCCCAAAGUUUACCACGCUGACUGUCUGAACCUGUCCAAGAGACCUGCAGGUCGCUGGGAGUGCCCGUGGCACCAGUGCAACGAGUGUGGCAAGGAGGCGGCGUCGUUCUGCGAGAUGUGCCCCAGCUCGUACUGCAAGCAGCACCGUGACGGCAUGCUCUUCAUCUCAAAGCUGGACGGCAAGCUCUCGUGCAGCGAGCAUGACCCGUGCGGCCCUGACCCCCUGGAACCCGGAGAGAUUCGCGAGUAUAUCCCGGGAAUGCCUGUCCUAUCCCCUCCACCCAAGUGCAGGUUAACUCCGCCUACUGCCGAUCUCUACAUCCCUCCCGUCACCAGGAAAGCGCCCUACAGCAGGCAGCAAACGGCCUUUGAGGACGAGGUCGUGUUGGACGAAGACUUGCUCCCCGCCCCUUCUCUGUCUAAAGAGGUGAAAGAUGACGUCAUGGCAGAGGUCGAGGAAGGAGAAGUGGUGGAAGGGCUGAUCGGGGGCGAAGGUGUGGGCCUGGAAGUCAUCGGGGAGGACGAUGUAGAUGAGGACGGCGAGGUGGAUUACGAGGAGUUUGAGGACGAGGAUGAAGAGGAGGGAUUCGAAAAGGGGUGGGACGAGGACGACUGGGACGAUGACAGUUGCAUAGACGAAGACUUUGUCACGGAAGGUUUAGAGGACGAGUCAUAUAGGGGGAAGUGAGCGGUUUGGGUUUACUCUCUAUCCCCUUCAUCCAUGCAUUCAUCCAUCAUGCACCGCACAGUAGAAGAUCUCGGCCAUCGGGCAGGUUUAGGUACAAAUUUUGUAGCCUGUAGGAAAGAAGCAGGGAAUCCGAUCUCAGAUCAGCGCUCUCACUUAUCCAGAGAUGCUCAGAGAUCGGCUAGUGUGUGUGUGUUCUCAGCUGGAUGCAAAGCAGCUCUUUUUCCACUAUAACGGACACAGGCAGCGUUCUGACAUUAAGACAGAAGUCGGCUUGCCUUCUUUAACCAAGUUCACUUUUUCAACGAAAGGCGGACUGGAAAAAUAAAGUGGUGCUGUGGACCUUUGGCUGUUCAGUCA